AUGGCAUCACGGAAGAAGGUCUUGCUGAAGGUGAUCAUCCUGGGUGAUAGCGGUGUCGGCAAAACGAGUUUGAUGAACCAAUAUGUCAACAAGAAGUUUAGCGCAAGCUACAAGGCCACUAUCGGCGCUGAUUUUCUUACAAAAGAGGUGCUCGUCGAUGAUCGGUUGGUGACAAUGCAGAUUUGGGAUACCGCCGGCCAAGAACGGUUUCAAUCUCUGGGUGUUGCAUUUUAUCGAGGCGCAGAUUGCUGUGUGCUGGUAUAUGACGUGAAUAAUUCCAAGAGUUUUGAAGCCCUUGAUAGCUGGCGCGAUGAGUUCCUGAUCCAGGCCAGCCCGCGCGAUCCAGAGAAUUUCCCCUUCGUGGUAAUUGGCAACAAGAUUGAUGUAGAAGAGAGCAAGCGGAUGAUCUCAUCAAAGCGAGCCAUGACAUUCUGCCAAUCCAAGGGAAACAUUCCUUACUUCGAGACCAGCGCCAAAGAAGCAGUCAAUGUUGAACAGGCGUUCGAGGUCAUUGCCCGAAGCGCCUUGGCUCAAGAAGAGGCAGAGGAGUUCAAUGGCGAAUUCAGCGACCCUAUCAACAUCCACCUGGAUAGUGAUCGCGAUGGAUGUGCCUGUUGA